GAGUGGUAAAGUAUAUGUGAUUGAUGUACAAGGUGAACAUGCAGCUACAAUUGCAAACGGUGAUUGGACAUAUGCUUUGGCUUUGGAUCCAUGUGCCGGUUUUGUUUUCUGGUCUGAUAGUGGCUAUAAAAUAACUGGCGGAAUAUAUGAGCCACGAAUUGAACGUGCUAAUAUGGCAGGUGGCAAUCGGCGUGUAAUUCUAAAGGAAGGGAUAAGCUUGCCUGCGGCAUUGACCAUUGAUUUUCGAGAACAGCGACUCUAUUGGGCUGAUAUCAACAAAUUAAUUAUUGAAUCAUCGGAUUAUGAUGGUACGAAUCGACGUGCAAUUGGUGUUGGUUAUCGUGCUAAAAGUCUCGAUAUAUGGGGUCAAUGGUUAUAUAUGAGUGACCCGCUAGCCAAUGGAAAUUCUGGUAUCGAUUAUCAGAAUGUCGUAUCAGAUCGACGGAUUCCAUCUACAUUACGAGUGAUUGCUUCGGAAGCGGAUACACGAACUCGUAAUCAAUUCUGCAGUACAUAUAUAUCAGGCUUAUGCAAAAAAGACAAUGGUGGCUGUGAACAGCUUUGUCACGUAAUAGCAUCGGAUAGCGAAGUGACAGCUUCAAAGGUGCAAUGCGCUUGCAAUGAUUCGUUCGAACUUGUCACUGAACCUGGAAAGGAUAUUCCUACUCAAUGUGUACCACGGGAAGCUGUUCAAACUUGUCAAGCACCGUAUAACUUCCAAUGUAGUGAUGGUGCUUGUAUAUCACUUAGUGCAACAUGUAAUGGUCAACAAGAUUGUGCAGAUGGUUCAGAUGAGCAUCCAACGUAUUGCAAUACUCGUGUAUGUCCGGAACAGUAUUUCCUAUGCAAUAAUCGACGUUGUAUCGAGGCUAAUCGCCGCUGCAACAGCAUUGAUGAUUGUGGCGAUAAUUCAGAUGAACUUGAUUGUGCCGUUAACUCAUCCACUUGUCCAGCUGGACAUUUCGAAUGCUCUAAUAAACAUUGCAUCAACAAUACCAAAAUAUGUGAUGGUCACAAUGAUUGCCAUGAUGAGAAAGUAUCCGAUGAAAAUAAAGAAACAUGUCCAAAUUUACCUAUCCAUUGUCGUGGAGUACGAAUACGUUGUCCAAAUACAAAUAUUUGUAUUCAACCAGCGGAUCUCUGUGAUGGUUACGAUGAUUGUGGUGAUAAAGCUGAUGAAAAUAAACUUUUCUGUAUGAAUCAAUCAUGUGCUAUGCAUUAUGUUCGUUGCCCAAGCGGUCGUUGUAUACCAGAAACGUGGCAGUGUGACGGUGAUAAUGAUUGUGGUGAAGGCGCUUGGGAUGAAAAUCAUACGAAUUGUACAGAUUCUGCUGGAAAGCGAAUUUGCUUAGGAGAGUACUUAUUUCAGUGUGGCAAUGGGAAAUGUAUCAGUCGAGCAUUUAUUUGUGAUGGUGAAGAUGAUUGUGGUGAUGCAAGCGAUGAAAGUAUCAUUCAUAAUUGUGGAAAUCGUACAUGUACUGAUCAAGAAUUUCACUGCAAAUCAAAUGCUCAUCUUAUUCAACCAAAAUAUGAAUGUAUACCAAAAACAUGGCUUUGUGAUGGUGAUGUUACAUGCGCAAAUGGAGAGGAUGAAAGUAAGGAAUUAUGUGGAGUGGAGAAGAAAGAGUGUAACAAAGGCGAAUUUAGAUGUGCGAACAAGCACUGUAUUCAUGCAUCAUGGGAAUGUGAUGGUGAUAAUGAUUGUCUGGAUGGUUCUGAUGAGCAUAUCAACUGUACUUAUUCAACAUGUCAACCUGAAUUUUUCCAAUGCACAAAUAACAAAUGCAUUCCUAGUUCGUGGAAAUGUGAUGGGAAUGAUGAUUGCGAUGAUGGUAGUGAUGAGAAGGAAUGUGCUGAUAAAGGUGGUUUAACGCCAACGAUAAAUACUUGUCCUACGGGACAGUUUCGUUGUAAUAACGGAGAAUGUAUUGUGGCCACGAAAGUAUGCGAUCGAGUCUACGAUUGUUUGGAUAGAUCCGAUGAAUCGUCAAAAUGCUUUAUUAAUGAAUGUACCGUUGCGGAAAAACCAUUAUGCGAGCAAAAAUGCGUUGAUUUACCAAUUGAUUAUCGUUGUGAUUGUUUCGAAGGAUUUGCUCUUGAUGAGGAUGAUAAGAAAUCAUGUCAUGAUAUCGAUGAGUGUGAAACUGGCCUUGGUCGGUGUAGUCAAAAAUGUGAAAAUAAAAUUGGUACUUAUAAAUGCUGGUGUGUUGAUGGAUAUGCUAUUUUAAGUGAUGAUCGUACCUGUAAACGAGUUAAUAUAGAUCCUGAGCCAUGGUUACUAUUUGCAAAUAAGCAUUAUGUACGGAAACUUACUUUGGAUGGAGUAAAUUAUGAAUUAGUAGCUCGAGGAUUUGAAAAUGUUAUAUCGAUGGAUAUUGAUAUGAAAGAAAGAAAAGUAUAUCUUGUGGAUUCCGGUAAACUUAGACUCUACAGAGUUGGUAUGGAAGAGUUGGAUCAACCAAUUGACUCAUAUGAAGUAGUACUGAGACAUAAUGUUUUUGGUACAGAAGGUAUUGCAAUUGAUUGGGUUGGACGCAAAUUAUACAUGUUGAAUCGACAAGAACGUUCGUUACGCGUUUGUGAAUUGGAUGGUCGUUAUUGUAGAACACUUAUUCGUGAUCGUAUUGCUCAACCAAAGGCAAUAGUAAUACAUCCUGAAAAAGGCUAUCUCUAUUUUACGGAAUGGAGUUUGCAAGCAUAUAUUGGUCGAGUAUCGUUGGAUGGCUCACCACAGUUAACUGAUCCAAUUGAAAAACUUGCUGAAAAUGAUCUUGGUUGGCCAAAUGCGCUUGCUAUUGAUUUCUUUGCUGAUAAGCUAUUCUGGGCAGAUGCGCACUUAAAUGAAAUUGGUUUCAUGGAUUUGAAUGGCGGUGCCAGACAUCAUAUUCCUGCAAAGCGCACAUCUCAUAUUUCAUCGAUGACCGUAUUCGAUGAUCAUUUAUUCUGGUCAGAUUGGAACUUACGAGAAAUUAUUAGAGCAGAUAAGUGGACUGGGAUGAAUGAAACAGUGCUGAAAAUAACGACACAAUUGCCAAGUGACAUUAGGGUUAUUCAUCCAUUCCGACAACCAGAACAUAAAAAUCCAUGUGGUGAUGAUAAUGGUGGAUGUUCUCAUUUAUGUUUGUUAUCAGCACAUGAUCCCGGUUUUACAUGUUCUUGCCCCGAUCAAUUUCUUCUUCUUGCUGAUAAUAAAACUUGUGAACCUCAGUGCACUGAUCGACAAUUUGCAUGUGGUGGCGAUGAUGCUAAAUGUAUUCCAAAAUUGUGGUACUGCGAUGGAGAGUCAGACUGUCGUGAUGGUAGCGAUGAGCCAGGAAAAAAUAUUUGCGGACCCAGAAUUUGUGCCGUUGGCGAAUUCCAAUGCAAUAAUCAUAAUUGUACACGACCGUUCCAACUUUGCGACGGUAAUGAUGAUUGUGGUGAUGGCUCCGAUGAGGUAGAGUGUGACAAACCAUGUGAUCCAUGGAUGUUCAAAUGUGCGGCGACUGGUAAAUGCAUUCCCAAACGGUUCAUUUGUGAUGGAGACGAUGAUUGUGGCGACCGAUCUGAUGAAGCAGAUGUCAUAUGCAAAAACAAAGACCGAAACUGUACUGCGGAAGAAUUUCGUUGCUCUAAUCACAAAUGUAUACCAAAGAUGUGGAAGUGUGACAACGAUGAUGAUUGCGGUGAUGGUUCAGAUGAACCAUCAGAAUGCAUAAAUACCGAAUGUCGCAAAGGAUGGACUCGGUGUUCUACUUCAUAUAGAUGCAUACCGAAUUGGGCAUUCUGUAAUGGACAAGAUGAUUGCCGUGAUAAUUCAGAUGAAAUUCUGGACCGAUGUCCGGCUUGUGACGAUGUUGGUGAAUUUCGAUGUGCCACAUCUGGAAAAUGUAUUCCAAAAAGAUGGAUGUGUGAUAGUGAAAAUGACUGUGGUGAUGAUUCCGAUGAAACGGAUCCGUCAUGUGGAGGUACAUCAAGACCAUGCUCAGAAUCUGAAUUUCGAUGCAGUGAUGGUCGUUGUAUUCCUGGAAAUAAGGUUUGCGAUGGUACUGUACAGUGUAGUGAUGGUAUAGAUGAAUCACAGUGCAAAUUACGUGAAUGUAAUGCAGGAUAUGUGAAAUGCGAUGAUGGUACUUGUAUACCUGAGCAUCGUUGGUGCGAUCGUCGACGUGAUUGCCCGAAUGCCUCUGAUGAAUUACACUGCGAAAAUCAUCCGAAUCGUCGUGAAUGUAGUCCAUUUGAAUUUGAAUGCAGUAAUUCGGUGUGUAUCCCACGUAAAUUUAUUUGCGAUGGUGAUAAUGAUUGUGGUGAUAAUUCGGAUGAAACAAAUGAACAUUGCAAGAGUGCAUUAUGUGAUCCACCACUUCGUUUUCGUUGUGCUCAUUCCAGACUUUGUCUUAAUAUUUUACAGUUAUGUAAUGGUAUCAAUGAUUGUGGACCAUUUGAUCAUUCAGAUGAACAUUUGUCCAUGUGUAGCUCAUUCUCUGAAUAUGGCGAUUGUACUACUAAUCAGUUCAAAUGUACCAAUGGUAAAUGCAUCAAUGCAUCAUUAGCUUGUGAUCACAACGAUGAUUGCGGCGAUGCAAGUGAUGAAAUUGGAUGUGCGAAAAGAAAAGGAAUUUCGUGUGCAACAAACAAUGAAAAUGGAAAUUGUAAGCAUUUGUGUACAGAUGUCAAAGAUGGUUAUUACUGUCAUUGUCGCGAUGGAUUUCAACCAAAUCCAGACGAUCCUUAUGAUUGUAUUGAUAUUAAUGAAUGUGCAGGAAAUAAUACUUGCACUCAGAGUUGUCUGAAUACCAAAGGAUCAUAUCUUUGUCGCUGUCUUGAGGAUUUCGAAAACAACGUAGUUGUAGGAGCAAUGACUGGCAAAGACUGCCGUGCCAAGGGUGAACCACCGCUAAUAAUGAUAGCCGCAGAUGGAGAAGUGGUACAAUUAAAUCUUGCGCAUGCAGGUGAAACAAAUCGUCAUGCGGUUGGUACGCUUGAACAAAAUGAUAUUAUUGCAAUAGACUUUGAUCCACGUAAAGAAUUAAUGUUCUGGAUUGACGGUCAACAACGUAAAGUUUAUCGAUCCGCAUUACCCAAAGGCAAUCAAUCACAUGUUGGACAAGAACUUAAUAUUGAUUUCAUAGAUUUGAAAUCUUCACCUAUUGCACUUUCCAUUGAUUAUCUUACAGGGAAUAUAUAUCUCGCAGCAGUGUCAAAUGAUGAAGGUACAGGAUUUAUAACCAAAAAGAAAAGACAUACAGAAGAAGAAGAAGGAAAUAAAGGUAGUGGUGGUACAAUUUAUAUGGCGAAAUCGGAUGGUCGUUAUUUGCGAACUAUAAUUAAAGGACGGCUUCAUAUUCCAACUGCUAUUAUUACAUUGCCACAAAUCGGACGAAUAUGUUUUGCGGAUGCCGGAUUUGAUGCAAAAAUUGAAUGCGCUGAUAUGGAUGGAAAACAUCGUGAUGUGAUUGUAAAAGAACUCAUUUAUUCACCAACUUCAUUGACUGUUGACGAAGGUAAAGAUAAUCGAAUAUAUUGGGCUGAUCCGAAGUACCGCAAAGUGGAAUCAAUUUUACCAGAUGGUUCAAAACGAACAACAGUUAUAGUGGAUAAUCGAAUGCCGUGGACAAUCGAUGUAUUCGAGAACAAUCUCUAUUGGGCUUCCAAAGAAAGUCAAGAUUUAUUUGUACAGGAUAAAUUUGGUCGUGGUCGUGUCAGUGUAUUAGCUUCUGGUAUUCGAAAUGCGUACAGUAUUCGCAUACAUCAGCGUUUCGCACGUGACACAUCACGUACUGUAUCAGCAUGCUCGCAAGCGUCAUGCAGUCAUUUGUGUGCUGAAUUACCCCUAAAUACUUACGCAUGCUUGUGUCCUGAUGAAUCACCACAACUUGAUGAUGGUUCAUGUGCUGGUAUCAGAAUGGAUGAGUUGCCAAUUCCAAAGCAAUGUGAAUGUCAAAAUGGUGGUAUAUGCCAGCUAGAUGGUUAUUGUGAUUGUGGUGAUUUUGAAGGAGAGAAAUGCCAAAAAGGUUCUACUGUAUCUCGACAGUUAAUUGGCCGAUUUGGUUCGAAUGCUUUAUUGGCAGCAUUGCUCUUCGUUUCUCUGUUAGCCUGUGUUGCGCUAAUGGCUUUGGUUGGGACGAACCUUUACAGGAAACGUCUAUUACUCUUUAAAAAAAAUGAAGCUGCCGAUGGAGCUGUUUCAUUUCAUGGGAACGUUAUCUCAUUUAGCAAUCCGGUACUUGAUCCUAAACCAAGUGACGCAACACCAGUGGAAUACGGUAUGGUACAGUUACAAACGAAUACGGUAGCUUCAUCGACAACAUUUUCAAAUCCUGUAUACGAGAUGGAAGAAUCAUCCGAUACUCAAUCGAUACGAUCCUCUUCCGUAAUAGCAUCAUCACUUACUGAAAUAACAAAUGGCAAUGGUACAUCGCGGACGCAUUCAUUUACUUCCAUUGACAUGAAACCUGAACCUUCGUCUUCUGUUAUUGCACCUCAUUCAGAUCUAAGGCCAAAUGUGCCAUUACCACCAAAGCGAAUGCUAAAAGAAGGAACCGAUAAAACAGUACUUGUAAGCAGCAAUGAUGAGGUCACUGAUGUGUAA